GUGCUUUAACACGAAGCGCGCAGCCGAGUGUGACAGGACAUCAAACGGCCAUCAAGUUCAAGUGGAGUUGGCGCCGAAUUGACAUUAUUGGAUCAUGAAGAGCCGGUAUCUCGAGUACCAACACAAUAUCAAGCUCCAAAUGAGACCGUCAAUUAUGGUGUGGAUUUACCUGGGAUGCCUGCUCAUCUAAUUGCAGCAUUUAAACAAAUCGAAGGCUACAUCAAUUUGUUCGAAUGUGCCCGUGGUGCCCGUGAAGUGGCACAAUAUCAAACCUCAACUGUUGGACCGAGUGUGACAAGACAUCAAACGGCCAUUCAAUCGUCAAGUUCAAGUGGAGUUGGCGCCGAAUCGACAAUAUUGGAUCGUGAACAGCCGGUAGCUCGAGUACAGACACGAUAUCAAGACUUAAAUGUUAUACCGACACGAUAUCAAGCUCAAGGAGUUGGCGACGAAUUGGACAGUGAUGACGAUGACGAUAAAUUGUAAAAAUUUUCACUUUUUUUUCCUUUUUUUAAGUUUACAAACAAUGAAGACGGAUUUGUUUUUAAUUAAUUAAUUAAAAAAUAAUUUUAUUGAUUCAAUCCACAAAAUUAAUUGGCAACGAAU